AUGUCAAUAGCCUGCAUACCAAAUGUCAAUAACUUAUGGUUUAAGGACAUGUUUGCUAUUAGACAUUUGUGGAUCCCAGCCUACUUUAGAGAUGUUCUUAUGGGUUCUUUGGUGAGGACAACAUCUUUUUCAGAAUCUGAAAACAGUUUUUUUAAGAGGUACUCGAACCCGUUGUUUAAUUUUGCUGACUUCACUCUUCAGUAUAAUAAUGCCAUUGAUGCUCAAAGGAAUCAAACUCAAAGGCUUGACUAUUAUGAUUCUAUAAUCUAUCCAAAAUAUGUCACUGAUUUAGCAUUUGAGAACCAAUUGGCAUCUGUAUACACUGAUAGGAUGUUUAGAGUAGUAAAAGAAUUAAUUUCUGAGGCUGAUAAGAGUUGUCGGAUGAUUAGCAUGUCCACUUUGGAGAACAUCGAGGUCUUUAAAGUUUCUGAUGCUAGAAAGAAUACCUUCACAGUUACACAAGAUAUAGAGGUUGAGUCAUAUGAGUGUGAGUGUAAACUAUUUGUAAGGUGUGGUUAUCUAUGCAACCACCUUUUUUUCGUCCCUCGAAACAAAGAUGUCAACAAUAUUCUAGAAAAAUAUGUUGGUAACCUGUGGCUGAAAAGUGAAUUACUGAAGGCAGUUCAUGGUCUCACGAGUGAUGAAAGUGCGUCUGAAAAAGGUUCUAACAAAGAUGACAAACUACAGAUUUGUAACAGGUGUCAUGGACGUUACUUUUGUCUAUAUCAAUGCACUUUUAGGAAUAAAAAUCAUCUGAUUGGUUUGGAUAAUGUGCUUGCGGGUAUUGGUCCUCAAAUUUUUACUAAUGGCACUACUGGAGUUGGAUCGUCGUCAGUUGAUAAAAAUGAUCCAAUCAAGAACAUAUAUGGUGUUGUUGUACCUGCAGAAAUAAUUGCACAUGCUCUAGAUGUGGUUGGUACAAAGGGAGGUGCAAGUGACAAGAAAAGCAAGAUUAAGUCGAGCAUAAAGAAAGCAAGAAAAAACAAAUUAACCCUAUAG